AUGGUUGUUUUAGCAAGAAAGAAACGAGUUACUGACCCGUUCGAUGAUGAAGCCAAGGCACGUCUCGUCGGUGGCGACCUCCGGCAACUAAGCUACAUCAGCAGCGGGAGCGAACAUUCCGGUGACGGCGAUUCGCCAUGCCUUUCCGAGCUCGUGCAUGAUUUCCUGGAGGAAAAUGGCAACUCGGAUAAUAACUCAGCGGGAAACGAUUUUGACUCGGAGCGAGUCGACUCUGCAUCUGAUUGCAUCGACUCGGUGGAGGAACUUCUUAUGCUAAGCGAAGCCAACGCUUCGGACUCUUACAAAAGCUUGCUUCUCGCGCACGCUUCGGAGGCCGCGGAGAAGUUCGAGUUUUUGAAGGAACAAAACAUUGAGAUGUAUAUCCGAAACGCGAUGUCGUUUUUGCGCGAGAAAGGGCACAAUGCCGCGAUUUGCAAAACGCGGUGGGACUCUUCCGGUGGAACCACCGCGGGUAACUACGAGUUUAUCGACGUGCUGCGACCAGGACCGUCCACGUGGCACAAGAGGUACUUCGUGGACCUUGAUUUCGUAGGCCAGUUCGAGAUCGCACGGCCCACGAGUGAGUAUCUAGAGUUUCUGAGCUACGUGCCGCGAAUAUUCGUUGGAACCGCAGAGGAGUUGAAACGCACCGUUGGGAUCUUGUGCCGUGUUUCGAAGCGUUGUUUUAGGAAAAGAGGGUUAACUGUGCCUCCGUGGAGAAAAAACCGGUACAUGCAGAACAAGUGGUUCAGUCCGUAUCGUAGAACCGCCAGCCCGGUUCCCACUGUCGUCUCUGCGAUAAGUGGUGCCAAAUGUAGAUUGGUCGGGUUCGACGACGCCGUUUUGGAGGCCAGACACGGCGGUGUGGUAGUCCGUACGAGAUGA